GUUCGAUUCACUCGAUCGACGACUUCCAUUUACCCCGUCGUUGUCGUUUAACCGCAACCAUGGGAAAGGAACCGUUCUCCCAGACAACGAUGGGCCGUAUUGGCCUGCUCGUCAAAUGGUUUGUGCUGUUGAUGAUCACCAGCAUCAUUUGCCCCAUGGUUUGUAUGGCCUCGAUCUCAACCACGGCCGCAUUGCUGUACCUCAGCGUCCGCGGUGUUUACCUCUUCUUCGAGGGAAUGUUCUUGAUCAUCUACCACUUCACAUUGAGAAAACCGAGCAGCUCCGACGUCGGGAGCCCGGAGUUCCAGCAGACCAUGGCCAAGUACGAGAUGUUCUGGAUGACGGACACUCCGUCUCCCUCCCCACCGCAGAGCGAUUGCGGAUCGGACGACCCGGAACUUGACUGCUCUACGCUCCCCUCUACCAUCGCCUAUUUGGAGGACGCCAACAUCCUCCCCCGCCGUCGCUGGAGCACAACCGCGGCCCCGGAGCCUCACCCGCUCACGAUGCGCGACUCAAGCACCAGCCCCGAUCGAAGGGACCUCACUAGACGACGAAUUGACAUUGACACGCUGCGGUUGGCCAUGCGGUCGACCAACGACGAGCGGGAAAGGACUCGUCAUAUCAGGAAUUCCGAUGUGCCCAGAGGUUUGACUCUGCCAGAGCGGCGGAGACGCAGAUUGGACCUGCAACGGGAAACCAUUGACCGUUGGUGUUUGAGGCACCAGUUGCGUCAGCUACACUAGGUAGCAUGGCGGGAUGGGACCACGGCAG